AUGCACCACACGGCUGGGGCGGCGCGCCGCCGCAUGCGCAGCCGCCCUGCCGCAGCCAAUGACCCACAACGCGUCGAGCCACCGCAGCGACCUCUGCAGCCGCCCACAUCAGGUAGUGACAGCAGCAACAGCAACGGCGACGACGACAGCGGAGCUGCACGGGGCCCUCCUCGCAUCCUCCAGUGGCUGCGCCGCCGCCUCGGCCUCGCCGGCGAGCGGCGGCGCCUCAGCCCCGCCGUCACGCGCGCACUGGCGUACCUGCGGAUCGUCCUGCUCGGCUGCGCCAGCGCGCUGCUGUUCACGAGCCUGCGCACGUACGCCGCUGCCAGGGCGCGCACGGCGCCACGGGAAGUGCUGUACUCUGAUUUCGUGAGCCUCGUCGACCAGCGGCGCGUGCGCGCGGCGCGGCUGGAGGCGGGGACAGGCAAGGUGUUUUUUGAUAUCAACCUGCCCCAAGUGGCGGCGCCGGCAGGGCAGCAGCAGCAGCAGCAGCAGCAGCAGCAAGCGCAGGGGGUGCAACAACAGCAGCAGCAGCAGCAGCAGCAGGGCAAGCAGCAGAACACCAAACAGCAGCAGCAGCAGCAGCAGCAGCAGCAGCUUCUGCUGCCUGUCCGAGCCAAGCAGGGGCUGUCGCGACACUUUUUUGUGAAGGUCGCGGACAAGUCAGACCCCCUGCUGGUGUCGCGGCUCCUGGAAGCCGGCAUUGAGUUUGGCGUCACCCGGCCCGGCGUUCAGGCGCAGCUGGCCAACGUGCUGGUGACGACGCUCGCGCUGUGGCUGUCGUUGCUGCCGCUCCUGUUCGUGCUGCGGCGGCUGGUCGACGCGCGCAGCGGGGGGGCGCAGCGGAAGAAGAAGGGCAAUGGCGGCGCGCCGCCGGUCACCUUCGCCGACGUGGCAGGCUGCGAGGCCGCCAAGCUUGAGCUGUGGGAGGUGGUGCAGUGCCUGCAGGACGCGGCGCGCUACGCCCGUGUGCGCGCCCGCAUGCCCAGCGGCGUGCUGCUCAGCGGGCCGCCGGGGACGGGCAAGACGCUGCUGGCCAAGGCCGUGGCGGGGGAGGCGGGGGUGCCCUUCAUCGCCAUGUCAGCGUCGGAGUUUGUUGAGCUGUUUGUAGGCCGCGGCGCGGCGCGUGUGCGCGAGUUGUUUGCAGAGGCGCGCAAGGCCUCACCCUGUGUCGUGUUCAUUGACGAGCUCGACGCCCUCGGCUCAAAGCGCGGCAUGGGCUUCAACGACGAGCGGGACCAGACCCUCAACCAGCUGCUCACAGAGCUGGACGGCUUCGAGGGGCGUCCAGGCGUGGUCCUGCUGGCGGCCACCAACCGGCCCGAGGUGCUCGACCCCGCGCUGCUGCGCCCCGGCCGCCUCAGCCGCAAGGUGGUGGUGCCGCUGCCCGACGAGCCCGGCCGGCGCGCCAUCCUGGCAGUGCACCUGAGGGGCGUGCCGCUGGAGGGCUCCGCAGACGCCGCCGCCGCGGCGGCCGCCGCGGCUGGCGCGCCGUUGGAGGAUGCGGCGGCGGUGGAGGAGUUCGCAGCGGCGGCGGCGGCGGCGGGCGCACGGGCGCUGACGAUGAGCGAGGCGGCGGCGCGGCUGGCGGCGGUCACGCCGGGGUUCAACGGCGCUGAGCUGGCGAACGUGGUGAACGAGGCCAGCCUGCUGGCGGCGCGUGGCGGCAAGACAGAGGUCGGCAUGCUCGAGUUUUUGGAGGGCGUGCGGCGGCAGCGCUUCGGUGUCGACGGCGGCGGCAGCGGCGUCGCCGGCGUGGCGGGCCCCUUGCCAGAGCUGCGGCGGAAGCUGGGCUCAUGGCUGCUCGAGGCGGCCGGCGCGCGGCCGGUCAAGGUGCGGACAGUCUUCAUUGCAGAGACGCAGCUGCCUACUAGGCAUGGCAGCUUCCGGCUCCGUGGCUACAAGCACUCGAUUGACGGCGGCAAGACAUUUGUGGAGCCGACGGCGAUCAUGUGCGGCCAGGUGGAGGGCAUGGAGAACGUGACUCUGCGCGUCCACGACGCGUGCUUCACCUCUGAGGUCCUGGGGUCGCUGAAGUGCGACUGCGCCGAGCAGCUGCAGGCGGCCAUGGAGUAUAUCCAGCUCAACCCGCCGGGGAUAGUGAUCUACCUCUGGCAGGAGGGCCGCGGCAUCGGCCUGGCCAACAAGAUUGCGGCCUACAAGCUGCAGGAGCAGGGGCUUGACACAGUCGACGCCAACCGCGCCCUCGGCCUGCCGGACGACCUGCGGGAGUACACCAGCGUGCGCAACAUCCUGCGGGAGAUGGGCAUCAAGAGCGUGCGGCUGAUGACCAACAAUCCGCGCAAGACGCGGCUGCUCACGGAGUUGGGGGUCAAGGUUACGGACCGCAUCCCGAUCCAGAUCAAGGCGGGCGACCACAAUAAGGGCUACUUGGAAGCCAAGACCAAGCGCAUGGACCACAUCAUAGACCAGGUCUACUGGUCGGGCGCGCCCCCCCUUGAGGCACAGGGCGCGCUGAGCGUGCACCCCAACAGCAAACACGCGCCAACUAGCAGCAGCGUCGCGGCCAGCGGCAGCAACGGCAGCGGCGUGGAGGCGACGUGA